GGUGGUGAUGCACCCCUUUUGAAUCUUGCUGGUCAGGAUGUUACAGAUGCAUUUGUUGCAUUCCAUCCAGGAACUGCUUGGAAACAUCUUGAUCAGUUUUUUAUUGGGCAUCUACAAGAUUAUACAGUUUCUGAGGUUUCUAAAGAUUACAGAAGACUUGUUUCUGAGUUUUCAAGGUCUGGGUUGUUUGAGAAAAAAGGACAUUGGAUCUGUUUCUCAGUUUGUUCAAUAGUAUCUUUAUUCUCUGUUUGUGUCAUGGGUAUUAAAUGCUCUGAUAGUUUCUGGUUACAUUUCUUCUGUGCUGCUUUAUUGGGUUUACUCUGGAUGCAGUGUGGAUUUAUUGGUCAUGAUUCAGGGCAUUAUCAGGUUAUGAUGAGUCCUUGGUUGAAUUCAAUUGCACAAAUUGUUACAGGAAAUUGUUUUACAGGAAUCAGUAUUGGUUGGUGGAAGUGGACUCAUACUGCUCAUCACAUCGCUGUCAACAGUCUUGAUUUUGAUCCAGAUCUUCAGCAUAUACCCUUCCUUGCGGUAUCUUCUACCAUCUUCAACUCACUUACAUCUAAAUUUUAUGGAAGAAAAAUGACUUUUGAUGCUGCUGCUAGAUUUCUUAUAAGUUAUCAACACUGGUCUUUUUACCCUGUUAUGGCUGUUGCUAGAGUUAAUCUUUUUGCUCAGUCAUUUUUGUUGUUGUUAUCAAGCCGGCCUCUCCAAAACAGAAGAAAGGAAUUGUUAGGAUUACUUGUGUUCUGGAUGUGGUAUUCUUAUUUGAUUGCUAGUUUACCUAAUUGGGUGGAGAGAGUCAUGUUUGUGUUGGUAAGCUUUGCUGUUAGUGGGAUUCAGCAUGUCCAGUUCUGUUUGAAUCACUUCUCUGCACAUGUUUAUGUCGGCCCUCCGAGGGCAAACGAUUGGUUUGAGAAGCAAACCAAAGGAUCCAUUGAUAUUGCUUGUUCAACUUGGAUGGAUUGGUUCCAUGGAGGUUUGCAAUUUCAGGUUGAGCAUCAUUUGUUUCCAAGGUUGCCAAGGUGCCAUUUGAGGAAGAUCUCUCCAUUUGUCAAGGAACUUUGCAAGAAACACAAUCUGCCUUACGUUAGUGUUUCAUUCUGGGAGGCAAAUAAGUUAACAAUUAGAACCCUUAGAGCUGCAGCUUUACAAGCUCGAGAUUUCGCCAGUCCGAUGCCAAAGAAUUUGUUAUGGGAAGCUGUUAAUACCCACGGUUAAGAGAGGAAGUUCUUAGAAUCUCAGUGUUUGGGGGAAUUUACUGCUUUUCUGUUUUGCUCUUUUUGCUUUAUGUUCUUUGGUUGGGUUUGGAUGGAGGGUUGUCUUCGUCUCUGCGGGUGAGAAUCAAUUUUACAUGUUGUUCGAUCUUGAGAUGAGGAGUUAUAUCCGCAUCAUUACUUUUUCGAGUUGAAACUUGUCUAUAUAUUCGAUAGGAGGCUGUUAUAGUUCUCUAGUUUCUCUUCAAUUGCCUCGACAUUGAAAAUUAUUAUCAAAAACAAUAAUGGGAUCUCAUUGGCAGGUAAGUAUCGUGCAGACGUUAUAUGAAGUUCACUUAGAAAUAUAAACAUAUAUAAAACCAAGUAUUAUUAUUAUAAU